CUACAACUCCCAGAAGACUUUGCGCGACCGGAAGCCGUUCAGCCCCCGUCAGAGUAGAAGAAGAAGAAGAGGAGCUGCAGCUGGUGAAGAUGAUGAAGAGUAAAGCGGACGAGGAAGAAUACUGGAACAGCUCCAAGUUCAAAGCUUUCACCUUCGACGACGAUGAUGACGAGUUCAGCCAGUUGAAGGAGUCGAAGCGAGCGGUGAACAGCAUCCGCCCCCUGGUGGAGGAAGACGACGAUGAAGACGACGUGGAGAAGGUCAGCUGGAGCGGAGAGCCCGUCGGGAGUAUCGCCUGGUCUGUCAGAGAGACGGCAGCGUCCAAUCAGAGGACAGACAGGGAGCCCACCUUCCCCAAAAUCAACACGGACACGACCACCAUCAGCAAGAGCAACUCUGGAUACUCUCUGAGCUCACUGUUCAAAGGGAAAUCUAGAGGAGGAACGUUCCAGUCUCUGACUGACACGCUCAGUGACUCGUCUGUCAGACUCUACGCACCAGAACUACGGAAACCCAAAUCUGAGUACAAGGAUUAUGUCAGUGAUUGGUCGCCUGAGGAGACGGUCCAGAGGAUGCAGCGGGGGAAGGCCGUGUCUCUGGAGAAGUUCCAUUCUCGUCAGGAUAAGCUCCUCCUCCUGGAUUCGGCGGUCAGCGCUCAUGAUGGAAACGUCAUCACUGCUGUGUUAAUAUUCCUGAAGAGGACUCUGAGUAAAGAGGUUUUGUUCGGGGAGCUGGAGUCCAGAGAGACCGCUCUCAGACACCUGAUCCAGUACCUGACUGAGAUCAGAGACAACAGAACCCUGCUGGAGCUUCUCAGGUCUCUGGGCAGGAUGGAAGACGUGGCGCUUCUGCAGUAUAAAGAGCACCUGAGCAUCUCUGAUGAAAACAAGAGGCGGGACUUCCUGAAGAGCUGCCUCAGUCUCCCGUUCUCUGCAGAGGACUCGGCUCACAUUCAGGAUCACUACACCCUGCUGGAGAGACAGAUCAUCAUCGAGGCAACUGACCGGCAGGCCGAGCGAGGAGGGAAGGUGGAAAUCUUCCAGAAGUUUCCCAGAAGAGCUUCAAUCCUCAACAUGCCGUUAGUCACAACUCUGUACUACUGCUGCUUCUACCACUACACCGAGCCCGAGGGAAUGUACAGCAGUCCGUUGAACAUCCGUCAAACCUUCAAGAUUCCAGAGAAGCAGUACUUUGUGACGGCGUUGUCGGCGCGGGCGAAGCUGAAGGCGUGGUCGGAUGUGGACGCUCUGUUCACGAGCAGGAACUGGCUCGGCUUCACCCGGAAGAAAUCACCGCUCAACUUCCAACGAGUCGUUGACAUCCUGCAGAAGAACUCCGCCCCCACACAGGUGCUGAAGGACUACGUGGCGCUGGUUGAUGAUGCGGACGUCAGGAUCGGUUUGGCUCAGAAAUAUAAAUGUCACGACAUCGUCAUCAGCACGUACCGGGACCUGAAGGACCGACAGCUGUUGCUAGGAUACCGGGGAAAGGUUGAGAGAGGGUCGACGGAGGAGAGGAAGAUUGACGAGCUGCUCAACAACCCGGUGAGGAAGAGAAUGAUGACAUCACCAUCAUCAUCAUCAUGUGACCUCACUGAAUGUUUCUUCUUCUCUUUCAGCAAAUGAGGUGGAAGAACUGACCGUCACACAGGAAAAGGACAUUAGGGACGUCCAAUCAGCUUUCAGCCUGGGGGAGUGCUCACUGAGCUGCUGCCCCCAAAGCGCAGAGUGGGCGGGGCUUAUUGUUCUUGAGUCAUUGAUGACUCAUCAGAAAGACAUUCCUGAAAAAUGUUUUGUAAAUAUGAAUGUAAAUAAAUAUUAUCAACAAAUGUGAAA